AUGACGAUUCCAGCUUUCACUAUGGCUGCUACUACUCACCAGCAAGGCGCUGCGUCUUUUUCCGCUGCUGCUACUAGCAGCACCCCCACCAGCAACACUGGGCUCUUGGAUUUACCCCUCGACACCAUCUGCACCAUUCUCCACCGCUUGAAACCCAAAGAUCUCAUCGCCGCCUCGCUGACGUGUCGCACCCUGCACGGACUCAUCGACCAGCCCAACACGUGGCUGACUCUCUGCCGGAAGUGGGAGGGCCAGCUGGCGCUCAGCGAGUGGCUCGUGCACGCGAACUCGGCGAAAUGUCUGUUUCGCUUGUUGCACACUUUGAGUCCGUUGGUGGGGGUGUGGGCGGCGGAAGAUCUGGCUCCCCGGGGAGGGCUGCUAUACGUCACAUGGGAGCGCAUGGCGGUUGUCGCUUAUCGAAUCAUCCCCGAUUGGCUUGACGGCAAUCUCAUCUCCGCGCGCCUCUUCACCAUCUCCGCUUUCCCCGACGGCACCACGCAACUCAGUCUGGUCACGGGGAGGGGCGCGGACGACGAGUUUCCGCUCGAGCUCCCCGGCGUGCUCGUCUGGGAGUCCCCCGCGCGCGCCAAAUUCCACCUGCAGACGCUCCUCCCGCCCUCGUCCCGCUCCCCCGCAAUCUUCGCCGCGUCGCCCUUCGCCAAGGUUGAUGGUAACCGGGUGUCGCCACCAGCGGCGCCCCUGAAGAGGGUCGUCGCGGGGCCGUCGUCUGCGUCGUCGCUGUCGACGCUGGGCGCUGCGGAGAGGCUCAAGGCGACGUUUCAGCGAGCUGGCCUGGCCCGAUUUGCCGCUACAGCCGGUCCUCUCUCGGCCGUGCUCCCGACUGCUUCAGCUUCCGCUGCUACAGCCGUGCUUCCUUCCGCUGCUCGCGCAGCCGUGCCUUCUUUACCGCCGCGCCCUCCCCCGAGCCGAUCUGCAGGGAGCAGUGGCACCGUGUCAACCGUGCAGCAGCAGCAGCAGCAGCUUGAAGCGAGCCGCGCUACAGCGUCGAGUGGAGCGAGGCGGCUUCAGCAACGAUUCAGCCAAUCGGGACUCAGCAUCGGGGGCGCUAACCUCCACAAAGGGGGAGCCGUUAGUCCCACGGGGAAGGAGGAACAAAGCUCGAAGCGCCUUCAGCUUCGCGCUCUGCAAUACCUGACCGGACUGAAACAAAAUUCCGGAAACUCUGCGAUGGAAACCUCGUCGAAGGAAGUUGCGGCGACUUCAUCCAAGCGUGCUCGAUCCGAGUGUGACAGUAACGAGGCCUCCCCUGACGAAUUUAGAAGGCUACGGUCGCCGGUGGAAGCGACAGACACACGAGGCAGUGGUGACGUGGCGUUUAACAGUGGAGCCACGGCGUUUACUAGGCCUACGCGGGCUAUCCCUACGACGGUUUCAGAUUCUCCCCCGCAAAUGGCUUUUUCUGCUUCCCGCGGUUCUUCCGCGGGAUCUUCUGCUGUGCCUUCCGCCAGCAGCUGCGGAGUGGUCGCUGAAGCGGCGAGCGAUUGGCGCGCUUCAAUACGCGGACGAGUCACACUGCCUUGGCGCACGUAUGGGGGCUGGCGGGGGGGCGUUUGCAGGAUUCUGCAGAAGCUCCAGCGGAAAGGGUGGAAAUGUGUUCGGGCAGCAAAAAG